GACGCAGUUUCACUCCGGCUGCCUUCUCCUGAGAGACGGAGCAACAGCCAGAGCCCUGCCCAGGCCGAGCAGGAGCUGCAGCCCGAGCGCGGUGGUGCCCUCAGCCCCGUCCUCUUGUCCUCCUCAGCCUCGUUGGCAAAGGUGCCUUGGAAUUUGUGUCGCUGAGUCAGCAAGCCUUUCAGAUUUGCCCGGUUUUUGUUGUUUGUGGUUUGUAUCAAGAUGGGAACUCAAACAAGUCAUUCCUCCUAAGGAGCUGGUGUCUUCAUCCAGAAGGGACAGUUUGUGCCAGCUCUCCAGAGAGAAAAGGCACCAUGCGGGCUGUGCGGAGACACCUGUUCCCCCAGCACUCAGCCCCUGGCCGAGGUGUCGUCUGGGAGUGGCUGAGCGACGAUGGCUCCUGGACCGCCUAUGAAGCCAGCGUCUGUGACUAUCUGGAGCAGCAGGUGGCCAGGGGCAACCAGCUUGUGGACUUGGCCCCCCUGGGGUACAACUGCACUGUCAACUACACCACCCACACGCAGACCAACAAGACUUCCAGCUUCUGCCGCAGCGUGCGGCGCCAAGCAGGGCCGCCUUACCCGGUGACCACCAUCAUCGCUCCGCCGGGCCACACAGGCGUCGCCUGCUCUUGCCACCAGUGCCUCAGUGGCAGCAGAACUGGCCCCAUGUCAGGCCGCUACCGCCACUCCAUGACCAACCUCCCUGCAUACCCCACCCCCCAGCAUCCCCCACACAGGACUGCUUUUGUGUUCGGGACUCACCAGGCCUUUGCACCGUACAACAAACCCUCACUCUCCGGGGCCCGGUCUGCACCCAGGCUGAACACCACCAACCCCUGGGGCGCAGCUCCUCGUUCCCUGGGGAGCCAGCCCCUCUACCGCUCCAGCCUCUCCCACCUGGGACCACAGCACCUGCCCCCAGGAUCCUCCACCUCCGGUGCAGUCAGUGCCUCCCUCCCCAGCGGUCCCUCGAGCAGCCCGGGGAGCGUCCCUGCCACUGUGCCCAUGCAGAUGCCAAAGCCCAGCAGAGUCCAGCAGGCGCUCGCAGGCAUGACGAGUGUUCUGAUGUCAGCCCUUGGACUCCCCAUGUGUCUUAGCCGCGCACCCCAGCCCACCAGCCCUCCCGCCUCCCGUCUGGCUUCCAAAAGUCACGGCUCAGUUAAGAGAUUGAGGAAAAUGUCCGUGAAAGGAGCGACCCCGAAGCCAGAGCCAGAGCCAGAGCAGGUCAUAAAAAACUACACGGAAGAGCUGAAAGUGCCCCCAGAUGAGGACUGCAUCAUCUGCAUGGAGAAGCUGUCCGCAGCGCCUGGAUACAGCGAUGUGACUGACAGCAAGGCAAUCGGGCCCCUGGCUGUGGGCCGCCUCACCAAGUGCAGCCACGCCUUCCACCUGCUGUGCCUCCUGGCCAUGUACUGCAACGGCAAUAAGGAUGGAAGUCUGCAGUGUCCCUCCUGCAAAACCAUCUAUGGAGAGAAGAUGGGGACCCAGCCCCAGGGAAAGAUGGAGGUAUUACGGUUCCAGAUGUCGCUCCCCGGCCACAAGGACUGCGGGACCAUCCUCAUAGUUUACAGCAUUCCCCAUGGCAUCCAGGGCCCUGAGCACCCCAAUCCCGGAAAGCCGUUCACUGCCAGAGGGUUUCCCCGCUAGUGCUACCUUCCAGACAACGCCCAGGGCCGCAAGAGCUGGUGCCCUACACACCACAGAUAACAGCUUGGGACCUGGAAGGGAAGGUCACAGCCACCACCUUCUCCCUGGAGUAGCCGCGCUGUGUCUUGGAUGGCUGCAGAGAAGGUUGGGGACGAGCCUUCCAGGAAGGCAGGAUAGCUGGCGAGGAGGGUGGGAGCCCGUGGUGUGGGUGUGAAGACAGGGCUGCCCCCCAGGCCAGCACCAGGGGUGCCUUGGGUGCUUCUCCUUGAAAGGAUUCUGAGGAUGAGGAUAGGAGAAAAUAUUUUCAAAUUGCAUACCUGAUAAGGAUCUAGUAUCCAGAAUAUAUAAAGAACCCAUAGAACUCAGCAAUAGGCCGGGUGGAGUGGCUUAUGCCUGUAAUCCCAGCACUUUGUGAGGCCGAGGUGGGUGGAUCACCUGAGGUCAGGAGUUCGAGACCAGCCUGGCCAACGUGGUGAAACCUCCUCUACUAAAAAUACAAAAAUUAGCUGGGCGUGGUGGUGUGCACCUACAAUUCCAGCUAACUUGGGAGGCUGAGGCAGGAGAAUUGCUUGAACCCAGAAGGCAGAGGUUGCAGUGAGCCGAGAUCACGCCACUGUACUCCAGCCUGGCGACAGAGCAAGACUCCGUCUCAAAAAAUAUAUAUAAAAACAAAACCAUGAGAUGCCACACUACACCCAUUACGAUGGCUAUACUAAAACAAAAAGCAGUGUUGGAGAGGAUGUCGAGAAAUGGGACCCUCAUCCACUGCUACUGGGAAUGUAAAAUGCAGCCACUUUGGCAAACAGAACCUCAAAAAGCAGCAUUAGCAUAUGACCACAGUUCCACUCCUAGGUACAUUCUCAAGAGAAUUGAAAAUGUGCCCACAGAAGCCUGCGCACAGAUGCUCAUGGCAGCAUUAUUUACAGUAGCCCCACAGUGGAAAAAACCAAAUUCUGCAUCCACGGAUGAAUGAAAGUGUGAUACGUUCACAGGAUGGAAUAUUACUCAACUGUGAAAAGGAAUGAAGCAAUCACAGUCGAGGAGGAACCUUGAAAAAGUAACAAAAGCCAGACACAAAAGGUCACAUGUUGUGUGACUGCAUCCUAUGAAAUGUCCAUUAUGGGCAAAACCAUGGAAACAAGAAGUAGCUUAGUUGUUACUGGGGACAGGGGAGAAUGGAGAGUUACCAUUUAAUGGGUGUAGUGUUUCGUUUUGGAGAAGUAAGAAGGUUCUGGAAUUGGUGAUGGUUGCACAACCUUGUUGAUAUACUAAAAGCUGUUGGGCACUGUGGCUCAUGCCUGUAAUCUGGGCACUUUGGGAGGCUGAGGCAGGAGGAUCCCUUGAGCCAGGAGUUCAAGACCAGGCUGGGCAACACAGUGAGACCCUGUCUCUACAAGAAAUAUAUUUUUAUUAUAUUUUUUUGAGACAGAGUCUCACUCUGUCAUCCACGCUGUAGUGCAGUGGUGCGAUCUCAGCUCACUGCAACCUCCGCCUCCCGGGUUCAAGUCAUUCUCCUGCCUCAGCCUCCCGAGUACUUGGGAUUACAAGCACGUUCCACCACACCCGGCUAAUUUUUGUAAUUUUAGUCGAGACGGGGUUUCACCAUGUUCGCCAGGCUGGUCUCGAACUCAUGACCUCAAGUGACCUGCCCACCUCGGCCUCCCAAAGUGCUGGGAUUACCGCCAUAAGUCACUACACCCAGCCUCAAAAACUAUAUUUUUAAAAAUUAGCAGCUGGGCACAGUGGCUCAUGCCUGUAAUCCCAGCACUUUGGGAGGCCGAGGCAGGUAGAUCACGAGGUCAGCUGUUUGAGACCAGCCUGGCCAAGAUGGUGAAACCUCAUCUCUACUAAAAAUACAAAAAUUAGCUGGGCAUGGUGGUGGGUGCCUGUAGUCCCAGCUACUAGGGAGGCUGAGGCAGAAGAAUUGCUUGAACCCAGGAGGUGGAGGUUGCAGUGAGCAGAGAUCACGCCAUUGCACUCCAGCCUGGGCGACAGGGUGAGACUCCAUGUCUCAAAAAAAAAAAAAAAAAAAAAUAGCCAGGCACGGUGGCUCACGCCUGUAACCCCAAUACUUUAGGAGGCCAAGGCAGGAGAUUUGCUUGAUCCUCCCAGGAGUUAGAGAUCAGCCUGGGCAACAUAGCAAGAUCCUGUUUCUAUAAAAAAUACAUUUAAAAAAAUUGGCCAGCCGGGCGCAGUGGCUCACACCUGCAAUCCCAGCGCUUUGGGAGGCUGAGGUGGGUGGAUCACCUGAGGUCAGGAGUUCGAGACCAGCCUCGCCAACGUGGAGAAACCCUGUCUCUACUAAAAGUACAAAAUUAGACAGGUGUGGUGGCACAUGCCUGUAAUCCCAGCUACUCAGGAGGCUGAGGCAGGAGAAUCACUUGAACCCAGGAGGUGGAGGUUGCGGUGAGCCAAGAUCGAGCCAUUGUACUCCAGCCUGGGCAACAAGAGUGAGAACUCCGUUUCAAAAAAAACAAACAAAAAAUUGGCGGGUGUGCCAGGCACGGUGGCACACGCCUGUAAUCCCAGCACUUUGGGAGGCCAAGGCGGGUGGAUCACUUAAGAUCAGGAAUUUGAGACCAGCCAAGCCAACGUGGUGAAACCCCAUCCCUACUAAAAAUACAAAAAUUAGCUGGGCGUGGGGCAUGUGCCUGUAAUCCCAGCUACUUGGGAGGCUGAGGCAGGAGAAUCGCUUGAACCCAGGAGGCGGAGGUUGCAGUGAGCCCAGAUCACGCCACUGCACUCCAGCCCGGACGACAAAGGAGACUCCAUCUUAAAAAAAAAUUAAUUAAAUAAAUUUUAAAAAUUAGCCGGAGCAUGGUGGUGUGUGCCUGUGGUUCCAGCUACUGGGAAGGCUGAGGUGGGAGGAUUAACUGAACCUGGGAGUUUGAGGCUCCAGUUAGCUGUGAACUGACCUCCCUGGGUGACAUAUAUAUAUUUAAGCCACUGAGCUGUGAAGGUUGUGAAGGUAUGUGAGUUAUGUCUUGAAAAAUACACACAUAGUGAGCGCCAAAUCCCGGGAGUAGUGUUUAAGUGGCGGGCUUGUCAGCUGUCAAGGGCUCUGCAGCCCUUUCUCUGAAUCCAAGUUGUUCUUCCUGUGGACAGGGAACCGAGGCUGCGAACUGGGAGGAUGUGGCCUCGUGGGGGGCAGGGCCAGCGUGCUGUGAUGGGGAUGGGGCUGGGCAGGUUGGGGCUGCCUGCUACUCCCCACUCCUGACUCUGGGUGGGGACAGAAGGCAGAGGGAGGCUCCUGGCACCUGGGGCACAGGAAUCUCAGGCAUGUGGUCCUGAGCCUGUUUCCAAAAGCCAGACCCUCCUCCCCAGGGCGGAGAGACUGGGAGGGGCCCCAAUCCAGGCUCCGGGAUGGCCUGGCUGGCAUCUGGGGUUCCAGUGGCCCCUCUCCCUUGGCCCUGGCAGUGGGGCUGGAUACUGGCCUGCCUCCCACCAGAGUCCCCCCAGCUCCUCCCUGCUGUGGGCUGGCCUGGGAGGAAGGGGGUGGGGUGCACUUACAUUUGCAGGUCUUUCCAGCCCCUGGGGCAGCCUGAUUAACCAGCUUCUCCAGGGCCAAGCUGUUGGGGGUGGGGUGCAGCCCGAAGCAGCCAGACCAGCCCCUGAGCCUCCCGGGUGCUGGCGGCUGUCAUGGGGCUACCCUGGGGGCAGCCUCACCUAGGGCUGCAGAUGCUCCUCCUGGCGUUGAACUGUCUCCGGCCCAGCCUGAGCCUGGGUGAGUGGGGGUCCCGGAUGGACGCGUCCAGUCAGACCCAAGGGGCUGGGGGCCCUGCUGGAGUGAUUGGACCCUGGGCGCCCGCCCCCCUCCGAUUGGGAGAGGUAGCCCCAGGGACCCCCACGCCCGUCUCCGUGGCUCACCUUUUGUCCCCCGUGGCCACAGAGCUGGUGCCCUACACACCACAGAUAACAGCUUGGGACCUGGAAGGGAAGGUCACAGCCACCACCUUCUCCCUGGAGCAGCUGCGCUGUGUCUUCCAUGGGCUUGCCAGCGCCAGCGAUACCGUCUGGCUCGUGGUGGCCUUCAGCAAUGGUGCAGGGACUGCUGUGGGGCCUGGGUGAGGGUGACGGCUGAGGAGAGUGGUGGGCCCUAGGAGCCCCUCACCAGCAAGCGCCUUCAAUGAUUGAGCCCCUGUGGGGGCCUUUGGGAGAGUAGGUGUGGAUGAAUUGGGCUUUAUCUAAAGGGGUAAUAUGUGUAUUGAAAAAUACACACGUAGUGAACACCAAAUCCCGGGAGUAGUGCAAGUGGUGGGUUUGUCAGCUGUCAAGGGCUCUGCAACCCUUUCCCUGAACCCAAGUAGUUCUUCCUUUGGACAGGGAACCGAGGCUGCGACCUGGGAGGAUGUGGCCUCCUGUAGGGGCAGGGCCGGUGCACUGCGAUGGGGCUGGGGCUGGGGCUGGGCAGGUUGGGACUGCCCGCUGCUCCCCACUCCUGGCUCUGGGUGGGGACAAAAGGCCAGAGGGAAGCUCCCCUUCAGGAGUAACAAAGUCGACUGGGUCUGGACUAUCUCUGGGGGCCCUGAGGGAGGAGGUGGCAUGGGGGGUCAGGGCUGGAGACUGGGCGAACACAGAACCCCCACUCAUAAGGACAAAGCUGCUUUCUCCCCUCCCACCUCCAUCUGUUCUCUCAUC